UAGUCAAGUUGGUAUGGAAGGGAAGUAUUACCAUGGUGAUGGGACAGUGUUUCCUGUAGUGUAUUCACAAUUCACGAGGCAGGCAGUAGUGGGACAAUGGAAGGCCUACAUGUCUGUGUCUAAAGACAGGCAAGCCCGUUCCUAUGGACGUCGUUGUGUGUUUGAAUGGUUCAAGCAUGGGUGUGCUCACGUGCAUAAGGGCGGAAUGGUAGAUAAAUCUCCUCUUUUCUUAUAUCUGAGACCUUGGGAAGCAAGAAUUGAACCUUCAACCCUGAGGUUGUGUUGUUCUUUGAAGAUGGAAUCCAGUUACUUGGCUGCUUCAAAAACUUACUCUAUGGUAGCUGAUACUAUCUGGAGAGUUAAUUAGAAGACAAUUGCCAUCUUUCAACAAACCUUCUAAAUAAAAAUGGCAUUUCGAAAGGCAAUGAAAGGAGCUGUCCUCAUUGGGGGUGGUGCUGUAGCAACCGUUUUUGCCCUCUCACAACUUUCUCAAUAUAGAAAAAAACACAGUCAUCUGGUGUCUGUUGAAGCUUCUGAAUGUAAACCCUUACAGAUGCAUAGAUCCCUUCCCACCAGAGAACAUCAACUACAGGCCUUGCAACAGACCAGUGAAUUCGAUGUCCUUAUCAUAGGCGGAGGUGCUACUGGUAGUGGUUGUGCCUUAGAUGCAGUUUCAAGAGGCCUAAAAACAGCCCUUGUAGAAAGAGAUGAUUUCUCAUCAGGGACCAGCAGCAGAAGCACUAAACUGAUCCACGGAGGAGUGAGAUACCUUCAGAAGGCCAUCAUGAAGUUGGAUUUUGACCAGUACAGAAUGGUGAAAGAAGCUCUCCAUGAACGUGCCAACUUGCUUGAAAUUGCACCUCAUCUAUCUUCUCCUUUGCCGAUUAUGCUUCCCGUUUACAAAUGGUGGCAGCUGCCAUAUUAUUGGGUGGGAAUUAAACUCUACGACCUUGUAGCGGGAAGCCAGUGCCUGAAAAGUAGCUAUGUGCUUAGCAAAUCAAAAGCCCUGGAACUCUUUCCUAUGCUGCAGAAGGACAGACUUGUAGGUGCCAUUGUCUACUAUGAUGGACAACACAACGAUGCACGAAUGAACCUUGCCAUUGCCCUCACUGCUGCCAGGUAUGGUGCUGCCAUAGCCAAUUACACUGAAGUGAUGCACUUGCUGAAGAAGACAGAUCCAAAUAGUGGGAAGAGCCACGUCUGCGGAGCAAGGUGCAGGGAUGUUCUCACAGGGCAGGAAUUUGAUGUCAACGCCAAAUGUGUUAUCAAUGCUACAGGACCUUUCACAGACUCUGUGCGAAAAAUGGAUGAUCAGGAAGUACUGAACAUCUGUCAACCAAGCGCAGGCGUUCAUAUUGUGAUGCCUGGCUAUUAUAGCCCAGAUAACAUGGGACUCCUGGACCCAUCCACUAGUGAUGGACGAGUGAUUUUCUUCUUGCCCUGGCAAAAGAUGACUAUUGCUGGUACCACGGACACUGCAACUGAAGUCACACAUCAUCCAAUUCCUACAGAAGAAGACAUCAACUUCAUUUUGACAGAAGUUCGCAACUAUCUGAGUUGUGAUGUGGAAGUGAGGAGAGGAGAUGUUUUAGCUGCAUGGAGUGGGAUUCGUCCCCUUGUAACAGACCCCAAUUCUAAAGACACACAGUCCAUCUCCAGGAACCAUGUGGUACAUGUUAGUGACAGUGGACUUGUGACCAUAGCAGGUGGGAAAUGGACAACAUAUCGCUCAAUGGCAGAAGAUACUAUUGAUGCUGCUGUGAAAGCUCAUGGUCUCAAAGCUGGCCCAUGUAAGACUUCAGGACUUCUCCUUCAGGGUGCAGAGGGUUGGAGCCCUACUCUUUAUAUCCGUCUGGUUCAGGAUUAUGGACUGGAAAGCGAGGUGGCUCAACAUCUUUCAAAUACAUUUGGAGACAAAGCUUUUGAAGUAGCCAAGUUAGCUCAGGUGACUGGAAAGAGAUGGCCUAUUGUUGGAAAACGUCUCGUGUCAGAAUUUCCUUACAUUGAAUCGGAGAUUGAAUAUGGGAUCCAAGAGUAUGCCUGCACUGCCGUGGAUAUGAUUGCCCGCCGCACACGUUUGGCUUUCCUGAAUGUACAAGCAGCUGAUGAAGCCUUACCAAGAAUCAUUGAGAUCAUGGGGAAAAGACUGAAAUGGAGUGAACAGAAGAAGAAGGAGCAGCUUGAGGAGGCAAAGAAGUUCCUUUACUAUGAAAUGGGCUACAAGGCACGGUCAGAGCAAUUGACGGAUCGUAGUGAAAUCACUCUGUCCCCAAGGGAUAUUGAAAGAUACAAAAAGAGGUUCCACAUGUUUGAUAAGGAAAGCAAAGGUUUUAUUACCAUUUUGGACGUUCAGCGUGUGUUAGAGAGCAUCAACUUUCAAAUUAAUGAAAGUGCACUCCAUGAGAUUUUGACUGAAGUGGAUUUGAACAAAAACGGGCAGGUUGAACUCAAUGAAUUUUUGCAACUCAUGACUGCUAUUCAGAAAGGAUCUAUUUCUGGAAGCCGGCUAGCCGUACUUAUGAAAGCCGCGGAAGAGAACAUUUGUCGGCGUGAAGUGAUUUCAGUGGAUCGGAGUGGAGGUGGACUGUGAGUUUUGGGAGCUUAGAGCAACAGAAUGGUGUCCCGUGUAGCUGCCUCUCUUGCUGCUGUAAAAAACAUUCCAGUGCUUUCAGAUGUCACUGCUUCUUCUACUCAAAUCUGUCUUAUGCUGAGCAACUGUGCAGAAAACCGCAUCGCUGCAGUUCUCUUUCUUCAUGUUUACUGUAAAGGCCCUGCUGCUCUGACUUGUGGCCUGCUAAAUGAGCAUAUAUUGUGUCUGCUUUGCACAGAAUCAAUGAUGGACAAGCAUUUGGAGAAAGGAAGAGAGGGAGCUGAGAUAUCUUUUUUUCUGGGCUAAUUUCACUCUGAUGUCCGCACAGCAGUGAGAAUGAUUCAUCUUCUGUGUCUCACAAGGGGGUCCCCACCCUCCUUUUCACAACUUGCCAACCUGAACUGGCGAAAGUGGAAGGUGCCAGCAUGCAUUGUGUGCCCUCUUCUUGGAAGUGUCUUGUGAUAAAUAUUCACCCUUUUCCUAGAACCUUUGGCUUAAUAAUACUUUUAGAAUUGUUGCAAGUCUACAAAAUGUGCAUGUCAAAUGAGUGAUUUACCAUUAGAAAGAAUAAGAGCAUCUGUAUCUAGGAAUUUUUUUUUUGGUAGAAUAUCACCCCAAUCAAUAUGAAAGUCCUGCUAAGGAAUAUUUAAAUGCUGCCAGACUUAGUUUUACCAACAUUGGACAUACACAUAGUUAAGUCUCAUUGAAACUACUAAAAUUUUAAUAACUAUGUCCUGUACACCAGCUGAGUUGAAUUAAUUUCUGAAAAGCACAUCGAGGCAGCAUCACAUUAGAAGCACAUCAUAAGGAUAGCUUUAAACAAACAUGUGCCUAUUGUCCCACCAUGGAAAAAUGUAAUACCGUAACACAGGUGGAAUUUCCACCUCUGCCCCUUCCCUGGUAAUUGCCUAUUUGGUGGUAAGGUAUUUACUGCACUAGGUGUUUUCCCUUUGCUGUUAAUUUUCUUUUUGUAAAGGAUUUAACACAUACAUCCAAAUUGUCUGAUCUGUUCAUCUGUACUGGACGCACAAAAUAAUUACGUUGGAUAACCUUAGGAGGUUUGGGACUGUUUCUUUCCUAACAUGAAGCAAAGGCAUCUGUGAGCCAUCUUGGAUCCCACUCCAGGAGAAAGGCAGCAUAUAAAUAAAAUUAGAUUUAAAAUAAACAGAAAAAAUGUUAGCAGUAGAAUUUUUGUCUUGAACCUCUCCAUUUACUCAAGUUCAUUUUUUUUGUUCAAGGUGAUGUUCCUUCAAAUCUCUAUAUGGAUAAGAUUUACAGUCUUGGAACUUUUAGGCUGAAAUCCUUUCCUACAUUGUUGUUUUGAUUGCUGACUGACACAAAGAAGAACAUGUCUCAAAGCGAAAUGUGCGAAUUGGUCUUUGAUAGAUCUAGAAGUGAGCUAGAAGUGUCACUUCCGCAAGGGCCUAAAUACAAUUGCCAGUCUGAUUAGAGUAGGCCCACUGAAUUAAUUGCUGGAAUGAAUGUCAAUGCUUAUGUAAAUAACAUUGUUUUGGUGGGUCUAAUCGAGUUGGGACAAACAAUUCGGUAUAGCCUGGAGAUUUUGGUUUUGGUCAAAAUAUUUUCGUCAGAUGAAUUGUUACAAUGUGCUAAUGUUUUAUAAACAAUGCUUUUCAACUUUUAUUCUUCUUUAAAAAAACACCCUCUAUGCAAAUGUGAAAGGCAAAGAGACAUGCUACUGCUAGAAAUAGACACUGGAAUGUAAAAGCAACCCUAUAGCUAAGUUCAGAGGGAGACAUUUGCAUCUAUAAAUGACAUUUUUAAAUUUUGUGCAAGUUUGAAUAUAUGGAUCAAGGUUCUGAUAAAAAAGAAAAGAAAAAACUGCAGUAUUCUUGGGGGGAGGGUAUCUUAUGCAAUCCAGUGAGAAUCUUUUUCUCCAUUUGUUUUUGAUAUAAUCAGUGUGCUUCAGAGAUCUACUUUUUACAAAUUGACAGAGUUCUCUUGGUUCAGCCCCUGAGCAUGGACACAAAGUAAAUCUUCAUGUGAACUUGACCAUUUGUGGAUCCUUUCUCUCUAAGCGCAAAUGAUUGUUUGGUGCUGUCAGUCUUUUGACUGCUUCACCUCCAUCCUGCCAAGACAUAAUGGACUCUUUUUACAUAUCUGGUUUCAUCUCUUUGCAUUAAGUACAGAAAAAUCAGCUCAGAGGGGAGUAAUCAAAAACUAUCUUUUUCGUGUAUUUGAAGUGUAUAAGAAAUGAGUGUUUGUUAUAGCUGUGCCCGAAGAAGGUGCCAAUGAUUUUAUUUAACUUCUAACAAAGUGGCAUUUUAAAAUUACCCUCCCCCUUUUAAUGCCGGUGAUCAAGAAAUGUAUGUCCCUCAUCUAUGUGUCCAUCAAAGCAUCCAUUUCUUUGACAACAAAGUUUAACCUGGCAAGGGAUGAGAGUAACUGCUUUUGCUCAGUAUGUCUUUCUAAAUAGGCUCCUUCUCCAUGAUAACAGUGAUGUCUAGUUGUGCCUUUUGCUAGCUUCGUUCUUGCUGGUUUUCUCUCUCUUUUUCUUUUCUUUUUAGUUAAACAGGUGCAGUCAUGUCAUGAAAGUGAAUGUCUGUUUGGCUUUUCUUUUGUAAUUUAGAUGCAUGCUCUUCAUUGGGGGUUUGAUCUCUCUGUGCCAUUUCCCCUUGCUUUCUUUUCUUCUAGCAGAAUAAAACGCACAUCUCUGUUUUGUAGGGGGAAGUGAAAGAAGUUGUGUGCAUCAUCCUACACCUGCUUGAUUCAGUAAAAUUAAAGACUCAGAAUUACUUGAUUAAAUGCCACCCUAGCCCCCCUCCUUUUUUGUAUCUCUUUGGAAGAUUGUCAUAUAAUGAAUGGUAAAUACAAAGUACUCGCAGGAUUGUUUUACAAUGUGUUAAUUGGUGGAAUGCUACUGUACUGCUGUGUUUUAAAAUGAAAGAAAUUUGACAACAAGGGGCUUGUUGGUAUGUAUACAUACCGCAUGUUUUUCCAUCCGGCACUUUUAUGUAAUGUGUUGAGUAUUGUUCCGGAUUGGACUGUUAAAUACUGUGUUUGAGGCCAGAUUGUCAUUUUUAUAACUGUCUUGGUGUUUUAUUGCCAUUAUUUAUUACUUUUGAUAUACAGGAUGAGCUGCAUGCAUUUAUAGAGCAAUAAGAGGAUGUAUUUAAUGUGCCUUGUUUUUAACUGAAUAAGAACUGAAAGCAUGAAUCAAUAAAACUGAUUAAAAUGGUCCAUUCACUGGCAUUUUGAUGUUACUGGCAGUUACUGAAAUAAAGUUGAUUAUCCUUGAA